AUGGCUUCAGCUCAAGUAUUGCCCAACUCGCGAAAACUAAAGGAUUUGGAAGCGGGAAAGCGCAAGUUGGAGGAGUUCCGUAAGAAAAAAGCAGCAGAGCGAGCUAAGAAGGCUUCAUCCACUAGCCAAACCAAUGCCCCUGAAGUUAGCUCAAAUGAGAAACAACCUCUAGAAACUGAACUUGUACGAGUUACAGUCCCAGAUGGUGCUGGUACAUCUGAUGGACCUAGUGGUGCUUAUACUGAAACUUCGUCUGUAUCAUCCAACAAUGAUUACAAAGCAGUUGAUUUUUCCCAAAAAGAGGAACAAGCUCCCCUGAAUAAUUCCCACAGUAGUCCUUCAACAUAUGAUUUUAAUGAUCAAGUGCAUAAACAUGCACGUGAUCAAGAAUAUAAGAGCUAUGGUGGUUUUGGGUUUGCUGGAUCACUAGACGUUAAUCAUAGCAAUGGGACAAAAGGGAUGAAUAAUGAUUUUGAAAAUUAUACUGGUAACUCAGGUGAGACCACAUCUGAUCAGUCUAUUGCUCUACGACCACAAGCAAGUCAAGAAUUUGAUAGCAAUACAAGUCAUUCCAGUUAUCAUGGAAGGAAUGAAUUUCAGUUCAAAGAACAUAAUAUAUCUUUGAUGGAUUCUGUAAGUAACUCUGGUUCUUCUCAUCCCGCUGUUACAAAAAUCUCACCUCAGAACUCUGUCAGCGCAUUGCUUCAAAGUGAGGCCAGUAAUGUCAGCACAGUGUCUGGUGGCCCUACUCCAUCUUCACUUUAUGAAGGCUUGGCUGAGCCCAGUACCAGCUUAAGAGGGUUUCCUGAUGAAGUUGGGAAAAACAUGCAUGGUAGUAGUGUGGACUUAAGUGAUCCUAUAACUUUCAGAUUUGGAGAAGGAAAGCUUACUAGCUCUGCUAGUGGGUUUCAUAAUUUGCAGAGUACAGCAGUGCAGACAUCUGAAUCCAUGGGUUUUGGAUCUGAUGCCAGAAGUUCAUCACUAUAUUCAGUUACACCUGAAACUAAUUCUAGGAGAUCUCGCUCAUCUUUCCUGGAUUCUAUUAAUGUGUCUAAAGCUUCUUCAGGGACUGUUUUUCAACACGGUGAACCUGAGGAAUCACUUAUGUCCAACAGUUAUAAGUCAAAUGGCAUGAGUUUUCUAGGUUCGUCGCCUUUUCGUAAGCCAUCUAUGGAUGAUGAUACUGUGAGAUCCUUUUCAAAGUUUGAAACUGGUGCACCUCAUGCAUUUGAGAAUUCUGUGAAGUCUUUAUUUCCUCCUAAUGCUGGAAUGGACCAGCAGAGGCCAAUAAUUGAGGGGAAUAGCGUGGAGAGAAAACAUGAAUUUUAUUCUCCUAAUCAGAAUGAAGAUUUUUCUGCUCUGGAACAGCAUAUUGAAGAUUUGACACAAGAAAAGUUCUCUUUGCAACGAGCACUUGAUGCUUCUCGUGCUUUAGCAGAGUCCUUGGCUGCUGAAAAUUCUUCUUUGACAGAGAGUUAUAACCAACAGAGAAGCGUUGUUGACCAGCUAAAAUCUGACUUGGAAAAUAUACAGGAGGAAAUCAAGGCCCAGCUGGUGGAACUUGAUGCUGUCAGAAAUGAAUAUGCAAAUGCACAUCUAGAAUGUAAUGCAGCCGAUGAACGUGCCAAGCUUUUGGCAUCCGAAGUUAUCGGAUUAGAGGAGAAGGCACUGAGAUUAAGGUCCAGUGAGCUAAAGUUGGAAAGGCAAUUGGAGAACACACAAGCUGAAAUCUCUUCAUACAAGAAAAAACUGUCUAGCCUAGAAAAGGAUCGUUUGGAUUUGCAGUCAACUAUCAAUGCUCUUCAGGAAGAGAGAACAAUUGCUGCUGGCGUGCCUCUGUUUGUUAAGGUUCAGAACCUUGGUUUUGGUUAUGUUAAUUGGAAAAUGAACACACAAGCUAGAAGCUGUGAGUUGCAUGUAGCAAAGGCCCCUGAGUGCCAUGCAACAAGGCGGGUUGUGGAAAUUAUGACUGGUCUCUUAGCCUCCACUAAGGAAUGUAGUCUUCUAUAG